GCUCUGCGCAUGCGCACACCGCGGCGUUCGCACCAUUUUGAGUGUCGUAGAGCUAGCAGCGGCUAGCUGACAGUGUUGCUGGGUUUUCGUUAAACUGCAUUUUAUUUGUUUGUGUUUUUCGUCGAUAGGAAUCCCGACUAAACAAACACCUGUCCUCGCGCUCAGGUCCAACCAGAAGUCUGUCUUCGUCUGACAAAUGGACGGAGAAGAAGACGACUUCAUGUCCGGGAGCCACUCCGACGAUGGAGACGCCACUCCGGUUCAGGAUGAAAACCCUCCAUCAGACGGCGAGGAUAUGAGGAGCGACCACCACUCUGAGGAUGAAGGCAGUAACGAUGCUAUGGAAACCGGCGGGCCAGCUAGUGGUUCAGACACCGAGGACCGCCGCGAGGCCAACAGCGACUCAGAUGGCGAGGCCCCCGGGAGCCACCAUGGCAGAAGUGACUCUGAGGCGGAGGCGCCGGCGCCUGCCGACAGUGAUGAAGACUCUCCCGUCAAACGCAGGAUGAGCGCUUCAGACAACGAAGAGGAGGAGGAGUCACCGGAGAAACGCCAGGCAUACGGGUCGGACAACGAGGAGGAGGGGGGGUCGUCUCCCGUCAAGCAUGAUGCUUCUGACAAAGAGGAGGAGGAGGGGGGGUCAUCUCCCAUUAAACAUAAUGCAUCUGACAACGAGGAGGAAGGGGGGCCAUCUCCCAUUAAACACGACGCUUCUGAAAACGAAGAGGAGAGAUCGUCUCCCACCAAACGCAGAGGGAGUAGCUCGGAGGUGGAGGACGGUGAGGAGGUGCUUAAAGCUGCUGCAAACAGCGACUCUGAGGAGGAGGCCAAAGCUGCAGCAUCCCCCGACCGCCGCUCUGACAGUGACUCUGAGAACGAGACGCCUGCCAGACGCAAGACGGCACAGAUAAACUCUGAGGAAGAGGAGGAGAAACAGGAGGAGGAAGGAGGAGGGAAGUGGAAAGGAAAAAUGCAGUCCGACAGCGAGGAGGAGGAGGAGCAGAGACAGCCGAGGAAGGCUGCUGCUGGAAGUGAUGAAGAGGAGCAGCAGCAGGAAGAGGAGAAGCAGCAGAGAGAUGACAGCGACGAGGACGACGAGGCACCAGUGAAGAGGAAGAAGGCCGUCCUCUCGGACAGCGAAGAGGAGGAAGAGGAGAAAGCAGGAAAACCAGCCGUGAAGAGGAGUCGGGCGAUGUCGGACGAUGAGAACUCAGACAGCGACGACGGUUCUGCCGGCCUGGAUACGAGUCUGGCUGCCAAACUGAAGGAGCUGGGCUCAGACAGCGGGAGCGACGACGACGACAGGACGAAGGCAGCGACAGGGAAGAAGGACGAGAAGGCGCUGUUCGGGUCCGACAGCGAGUCAGGAGACGAGCAGGAGAAAAUGAUCGCCGACAUCUUUGGGGAGUCUGGAGACGAGGAGGGGGAAGAAUUCACUGGCUUCAACCAGGAGGACCUGGAGACUGAUAACAAGGAGUCAAAGGAGAAGCAGCAGGUGGAGCAGGAGUCUGACUCAGAUGAAGGCGUGCACCGCGGCGGGCAGGAUAUGAGCUUCAUGUCGGACUUUGACAUCAUGCUCGCUAAGAGAAAAGCCAUGAACAGCAAGAAGAGGCGGCACCGUGAUGGCGGGACGUUCAUCAGUGACGCCGAUGACGUCGUCAGCGCCAUGAUCACCAAAAUGAACGAAGCCGCUGAGGAGGACCGGACUCUGAACAGCCAGAAGAAACCGGCGCUGAAGAAACUCACGCUGCUGCCACAAGUCGUUAUGCACCUGAAGAAGCAGGACCUGAAGGAGACGUUCAUUGACAGCGGCGUGAUGUCGGCCAUAAAGGAAUGGAUCAGUCCUCUCCCGGAUAAAUCUCUACCUGCUCUCCGUAUCAGAGAGGAGCUGCUGAGGAUCCUGCAGGAGCUUCCUGGGGUGAGUCAGGAAACGCUGAAGCACAGCGGGAUCGGCCGGGCCGUCAUGUUCCUCUACAAGCACCCCAAGGAGUCUCGACCCAACAAAGACAUCGCUCUUAAGCUCAUCAACGAGUGGUCGCGGCCCAUCUUCGGCUUAACGUCCAACUACAAAGGAAUGACGAGAGAGGAGCGACAGCAGAGAGACCUGGACCAGCAGACGCCGCAGAGGCGGAGACUCAGCGAGCCUCUGCAGGUGGAGAGGGUGGAAGAACCCGACGUCUUUUCUCCACCAACCAGCUCUGGAGGUCAGACGCCCCGCAGAGACCUGGAGAAGCAGCUAACUGGGGAGGAGAAAGCUCUGCGACCCGGUGACCCUGGGUUCUGUGCCAGGGCUCGGGUCCCUCUGCCCUCCAACAAGGACUACGUGGUCCGACCCAAAUGGAACGUGGAGGGGGAUUCCAGCAGGGGUUCAGUGAAGAAGGGUCUGUCCCGAGUCGACAAACAGAUGAGAAGGUUUGCUGACAUUCGCCGCCUGACGAAGACGGGUCACGCCGUGAAGAUCAGCGUGGAGGGGAACCGGAUGCCUCUCUGAUAUCAUCUAUAUGUUUUUUUGUGUUUUUUUUUCCUGAAUGACUCCCAACAGUUCGUCCCUCCUCAGGUUAAGCUCCGCCCUCUGGUAUCUGCGGUAAAACCAUCAGUGGAAGAGAUGUAGCCCGUUGUCUCGUGUUAGCUCUUGGUGAUCCAGGCAGCGUCGGGUGCCGGUUCUGAGUCCAGGUUAGGAUUUUUGAUUGUAAACAUGUUUUUGUUCUGGUCAGCGUCGUUUUCUGCUCCUCUGGAGGACACGUCUAAGCAAUCAGGGGAGUGGGUUCUAGCAGCUGACUCCUGGUCCCGGGUCUGCUGCGUUUCUCAUUGCAGACUCAUGAAAACAAAGUCUCACUUCAGCUGCUUUAUUUUUUAUUUGAGUUUUUUUUAUUUUGAGUUGGAUGUCAGAUUAAUUUAAUCAGGUUUUAAGGAUAAUCCAAAAGAAAAAUUCAGGUGUUCCUAUAGGAAGUGUCUGGCUGAUUGAGUUGCCGUAGAUUAAAGUCUGAUGAUGAUGGUUUAUAUGAAGCUCUGUGAAAUGUUUGACUAGAGCUGUUAAACGUCUAACGGUCUUAAUAAAUCAUGUGUCCUGCUAAAGGACACGGUUUGUCCUA